AUGUUACUUCCAAUUCUGUUAUUAACAACGGUUUCUUUGGCAAUUGGAUGUGUUCACAAGGGAGAAAAAUAUAAGGAUGGAGACACUUGGGUCGCUCGUUCAACAUUUGUUCUCCGAUGUGAUAUCACAAAAAGUGGAUGGAAGACUACAGUAGUCGGGUGCCGAACUGAAGAAGGGGUCCAAGUGUUACCUGGCCAGACGGUCCAUGCGGGAAACACGAAGUACGAAUGUAUCAAAGAGAAAGACGGAACUGUUGAAAUCAGAAGAACGUUGAACAUCAAAAGAAAGAAGAGCUGUGGAGAUCAUUCGGUUGGAGAUUCGUGGAUUUUCGAAAAGAAUUUUAUGGCAAAGUGUACGGAGAAGGGAGUGCAGAUUACGGAUUGCAUCUCGGAUUCAGGAAUUCCAGUUCCAUUGAACGGAUCAUUGGUUCUGACUGGUGUCAAGUACAAUUGUGUCAUGGAUGCAAAUGGCAAAGUUUCCCUUCACAGAGAUGCUGCUCCACAGCAAAUUGCAGUUACAAAAGCAACUACGUUGAGUCCUGUUGAAAUCCUUGGUCCAAUGUUCAAAAACUUUGGAGCUAUGGAUGUUGACAAUCUUCUUGCCCCGAAGACCCCAGAGCCAGUUCAACAGGUCGCAGCAGCUGAGCAAAUGAUGGAAAGUCCAGAAACUACAUGUGAUUUUGAAGGAGAGAACCGAAAAGCUGGUGAUGUUUGGGUAUCCGAUGGAAUCUUCACCAAAAAGUGUACUGAUGACGGGGCAACUGUGAUCUUGAACUGUAUUGUUGAUGACAAGACAAUUAUCAAUGUGGAUACUGAACUGACACUUGGAAAAAAGACGUACAAGUGCUAUCGGAAGAAGACUGAGAAUAGAGUCUACUAUGAAGUUAGAAUCAACUAG